CGUUGGGCCUUCAAUAUGGUCCGCCCCGCUCUCCCCUACGCGCGCUGCACAUGGUUCGCCCCACUGUGUAGUUGGUGUCCCCCCCCCCCCCUCCCGGGCGCUUGGUUCCUCCGGCUGCCCCCCCCCCCCCAUAGCGAGCUGCACUUAGUCCGCCCCAACGCUCGCCCCGCCCCUCGCGCGGUGAUUGGCCCCGCGCGGGUUCCGGUUCCGGUUGGCGGCGCGGCGGAGGCGGCGGCGGGGCCAUGGCGGGCGCGCUGUGAGGCCAUGGCGGCCCCGCACGCAGAGAAGCUGGACGGAGGCGUCCCGGCCCCGCCGCCCCCGCCGGGGCCCCCGCACCCCGCGGGCAGCGCCGCUACCGGCGGGCCCGGCCGGAAGCAGGGGAAGGCAGGGCUGCAGAUGAAGAGCCCCGAGAAGAAGCGCCGCAAGUCCAACACGCAGGGCCCCGCUUAUUCGCACCUCUCGGAGUUCGCCCCGCCGCCCACCCCCAUGGUGGAUCACCUGGUGGCCUCCAACCCCUUCGAGGAUGAUUUCGGAGCCCCCAAAGUGGGGGCGGCCCCCGCCCCGUUCCUGGGCAGCCCCGUUCCCUUCGGCGGCUUCCGCCUCCAGAGCGGGAUGUCCCCGCAGGUGCCUCCCGGUUACGGCGGGGGCCCCCAGGCCCUGCGGAGGCAGCCGCCCCCUCCCUUCCCCCCCGGGCAGAUGGGCCCCGCGUUCAGCAUGGGCCCCCAGAACCCCAGCUACGUGCAGCCGGGCGGGAUGAGCUUCCCCGGGCAGCCCUUCGGCCAGAGCUUCAGCCCCCCCGCGGGGCAGCUCCUGCAGGGGCCGGUCGGCGGCUUCGGGCCCAUGAUUUCCCCCACCAUGGGGCAACCCCCACGGGGGGACAUGGGCCCCGGGCCGGCUCUGAACCCCCCGGGGGGCCCGGGGGUGGCUCAGCGUUUCAACCAACCCGCCAACCUCUUUGGACAGUCGCCCAUGGGGCGCCCCGGGCAGAACGUGCCCCCGCUGCCCCCCACCGCCAGCCCGUUCCCCGGCGCCGAUCCCGGCUUUACCGGCGCUGGCACCGAGGAGGGCGGCAAGAACCUCAACCCCCCGCCCAGCACCUUCGCGCAGGAGCAGCACUCGGGCUCCCCCGCCGCCGUUAACGGCGCUCAGCCCGGCUUCCCCGCCGCCAGCGCCGCCCGCGGUACCGGCACCCCGGAGACCAGCAGCCUCCCGCCGCCUCCCCCCGGUAAAACCGCGGGCGGUUCGGGUCACCAACCCCCCCCGGGGCUCGUGUACCCGUGCGGCGCUUGUCGCAACGAGGUGAACGACGACCAGGACGCCAUUCUGUGCGAAGCCUCGUGCCAGAAGUGGUUCCACCGGGAGUGCACGGGGAUGACGGAGAACGCCUACGGGCUGCUCACCACCGAGGCCUCGGCCGUCUGGGCCUGCGACUUCUGCCUCAAGACCAAGGAGAUCCAGUCGGUUUACGUGCGGGAGGCCAUGGGACAGUUGGUGGCCGCCAACGACGGCUGAGCUGCCGCUUCCCCGCCGAUUUAGGACCAAAUCCCCCCUUUCUUGGUUGUUUUUUGCCCGCCCCCCUUGCACGGCACCGGCUGCUGGUGCAGGUUCCAGGCUGUGCCGUGCAGGGGAGGCUGCGGUCCCGGUUCACCGGUUCCUGGCCCCUCCACCCCGGUUCUGCCUGUUUUGGUGGUUGACGGGGGACAAUCUGGUUGUCACCAUGACUCCCCCCCGCCACGGGGCUGUGCUGUGGUCCCGGUGCCCGUUGUCACACGGGGCCAUCCCGGUGCACCCCGUGUCCCCCCCUCCCGGUGCUGGGGAUGGUCCCGGUGCACCCCGUGUCCCCCCCUCCUGGUGCUGGGGAUGGUCCCGGUGUCAUUGUCCGUCACCCCCGGUGCUGGGGAUGGUCCCGGUGCUCCCCGUGUCCCCCCCACCCGGUGCCGGGGAUGGUCCCGGUGUCAUUGUCCGUUCCCCCCGCCCCGUUUUAACGGAUCGUUAAUGGAAACUUUUGUACCGUCGCUAUAAACCUCUCAAACCCG